AUGAAUAGGCACUUUUAUCAUAAUAACCGUCGCGUUAACUAUGGUUAUAUACGGAAAUCACCACAUUAUCUUCAAAAUAAUCCUAAUUUAGAGAAUUCACCCCAUCAGUUAGCCAUUCAACAUUACGUUCCACCUACUAUUUCUUACAAUUUUUCUCUUCAACCACCAUCAAUAUGUAAUAGCGCGCACAAUUCUAAUCAAUUAAAAGUGAAUAACAUUGACCCACCUUUAAUUAAUGAAAAAGUCAAUAUUAAUGAUAUGGUAACUAGUUAUGAAUUAAACAAUCAAUUCUUGAAUUUAAUUAAAACUAACGAUCCUCCGCUAAUAAUGGGCAAAGUAAAUAAAAAAGAUAUUAUUUUCGUGGUUGAUACAGGAGCGAGUACAAGUAUUAUAAAUAAGAAUUUUUUACCCAGUGAUCAUAUCAUUUAUCCACUUAAUAAUGUUACAUUAACUACAGCUAACGGAUCACAUUUGCAUGUGGUAGGUAAAACUACUUUAGAGUUGAGUGUUAGUGAAAUUGCCGCGAAAAGCGACAUUUUAACACAAGUAGCACCAGACGGUUGGUGUGGAGUAUCAACACUCGAAGCAAUCUUAAAUAAUAGAGGUAUAGAUAUUAAUGCUUAUGAAAUUAAAAAAUUAUUAGGAAUCGAUCUAAUAAUUAAACGUGAUUUUACUACCUUUCCAACAUCUGAACGAGAAAACAAAUUUAAAACACGUAGCGUUAAACAAGACGUAGCAAAAAUCAGUAACAAUGAUUCCCACACGAACACGACUCAAUUCUCAGAAAACGUUAAAAGUAAUAUUUCGUUAUCUCCUACGGUUACAACAUCUGAAAACGAACUAGACUGGGACAUUAAUCCAGCGUUACCUAUUGAUCAGCAAAAUAAACUUAGAGGCUCGUGUAAAGUUGCUCCGAUAGAACUUCAGUUAUCAAGUAAUAAAAUAAUAAAUUUACCUAAUUUUAAGUUAAGCCGCGUAGAGCGUAAUGAAAUCGAAAAACAGACAGAGGAACUUUUAAAAGCUGGUAUUGUAGAGGAAUCUUCAAGUCCUUAUUCUAAUCCUGUGUUUUUAGUCGCUAAAAAUCAAGGACAAUGCAGCAAAAGUCAAGAGGGAUCAAAAGAAUACAGAAUGGUAAUAGACUUUCGAAAACUUAAUGAAAUAAUUUAUCGUGAAAGCUUCCCUUUACCAAUAAUACAAAAUUUAUAUGAUUGUUUAGCAGGAAAUCAAUAUUUUAGUUCUUUAGAUGCUACUUCAGGUUUCCAUCAAAUAGAACUUUCUGAAAAUUCUAAAGCUCUUACAGCUUAUUCAACUGAAAAUUAUCAUGUUCAGUUUACUCGUUUACCUUUUGGGUUAUCUAAUGCACCCCAAUUUUAUCAAGCUGCUAUGUGUAAAGUCAUGGCUGGCUUAAAUUAUAGACACAAUAUAUGCUAUUUAGACGAUUGCGUUGCAUUUGGCAAAUCAUUCGAAUCUCAUUUACAUUCACUAGAAUUAACAUUUCAACGAUUUUUAAAGUAUAACUUAAAACUAAAACCAUCUAAGUGUAGAUUUGGCUAUCAGGAAUUAAAAGUAUUAGGCAACAUUAUUGAUACGAAGGGAAUAAGACCCACUCAACAGGGAAUAGAAACUAUACAAAAAUUCCCACAACCUAAAACGAUUAAACAACUUCGCAGUUUUUUAGGUCUAGCUAAUUAUUUUAGACGUUAUAUUCCAAAAUUUAGUAACAUCGCAAAACCUUUAACAGAUCUAACUAGAGGUAAAUUCAAUAGCAAACGUUCACCAAUCAAGUGGGAAGACACACAUGAACGUGCUUUUCUUGAACUGAAAAGUAAAUUAACUAGUCAGCCAGUAUUAGCUCACUAUGAUGAAAAUGCAGAAACUAUAAUUGUAACUGACGGUUCUAAAUUGGGUUUAGGUGCUAUCCUCCAGCAGCGUAAUCAAAACAAUGAAAUUCAUCCAGUAGCAUUCUCAUCCAAAAAACUGACUAAAGCCGAAGGCCGAUAUAGCGCAAUGGAUUUAGAGUGUCUAGCAAUUUUUCACGCAUUAACUGUUUUUCGUCCUUAUGUUCAUGGAAAGUACUUCGAAAUUUGGACUGAUCAUAAAAACUUAACAAGUUUUGAUUAUUCUAUAAAAUAUAAAGAAGGAAUUUUUAAUAAAGCUGCAGAUUGUCUUAGUAGAAUAAUAGACGAACCACCAAAACUUUCUGAAUUUACAGAGCUUUCAAAAAUAGGCGUACAUACAAUAUUACAACAACCCAACGUAAAUUUAGUACAACCAAUUAAUAUCCAAUUAGAACAAGCUUCGGAUAAUUAUUUACAAAAUAUCAUAACUGCAAUUAAAAAUCCAAAUGAAAAUUGUCAAAAACGUAAGCCUUUUAAACAACCCAAACCGCCUAAAAUAGGAAUGUACCCUCUAGAAAAAGGGGAAAUUAUGCAAGAAAUAUAUUUGGAUUAUAUUGGGCCACUUAGUAAUUUAAAAUCUAAUAAAUAUAUUCUAGUAGCAACAGACAGAAUAAAUCUUAUAUUACGUUUUGGAUGUAUGCGUACUAUAAGAAGCGACAAUGGAACACAUUUCACAGGUAAAACGGUUAAACAACUAUUAGAAUCAUUAAAUGUAGAUCAGAAAUUCGGCAUACCCUAUCAUCCAACUUCUCAGGGCCAAGUAGAGCGUCAAAACCAAACUCUGGUUGAUAUGAUCUCUAAUUAUGUUAAAGAUAAUGAAAAAUUGUGGUCAGAUUAUCUACCAUAUAUGGUAUUUGCUUACAACAGUUCUAUUCAUAAAGUUACAGGUUAUUCACCAUUCUACUUAGUCCAUGGGUUCGAGCCCAAAAGCGUCUUUGAAUUAGCUUUAAUACCACCAGAAGAUCAAAACAUACUCUCAGAGAUCUCAAAAAUCAAGAAAAUAAGAAAAUUAGUUCCUGAAUUGCUUAAACAAGCGUCUGAACAAGUGAAACAAAAGCAUCCUUUGUCGAACACCACACAAUAUAAUAUUGGUGAUAAAGUUUUAGUCAAAAACGAAACAUCUAAUACUAAAUUUCGAGAUCGUUACAAUGGACCAUAUGAAAUUAUAAAAGCUUAUCCACCUUUUACAUACAUUGUAAAAAUGCCAAAAAAUAACAGAUUAGAAAAUUUACCGGUCCAUAUUGACCAAAUAAAACCAUUUCAUAGCAGGUCAGGAGAAUAA